AUGGUUGGAGGAGGAUUAGCUCCUACAGGCGGAAAGGAAUUCGACGCCAAGAUAACUCCUAUAGUUAUCCUUUCAAGCAUUAUGGUAGCCACCGGUGGCCUCAUGUUCGGCUACGAUGUUGGUGUUUCAGGGGGCGUUACAGCAAUGCCUGAUUUCUUGAAAAAAUUCUUCCCGGUGGUAUAUAAUAGAAUUCAAGAAAAAGGACUAGACAGUAACUACUGUAAAUACAACAAUGAGGCCCUGCAAUUGUUUACAUCAUCCCUGUAUUUAUCUGCUCUGUUGGCGACGUUUCUGGCUUCUCAUACGACAAGGAAUUCAGGGCGGAAAAGGACUAUGCUUAUGGCUGGAAUUUUCUUUAUGAUAGGAGUUGUGUUCAAUGCUACAGCCAUUAAUCUCAGCAUGCUUAUUUUUGGUAGACUUGCACUUGGCUGCGGAGUUGGUUUUGCCAAUCAGGCAGUUCCUUUGUUUUUGUCGGAGAUAGCUCCUACAAGGAUACGCGGUGCACUGAACAUCUUGUUCCAGCUUAAUGUCACCAUUGGUAUUUUCUCUGCAAACAUGGUCAAUUUUGGGACAGCAAAAAUCAAAGGUGGAUGGGGUUGGAGGCUAUCUCUAGGAUUAGCUGGAAUUCCGGCAAUCCUACUGACAAUAGGUUCUGUCUUGGUUUCGGACACUCCAAACAGUCUUAUUGAGCGCGGGAAUCUUGAAGAAGGAAAAAGAGUUCUCAGAAAGAUUCGUGGUAUUGAAAAUGUUGAACUUGAAUUUCAAGAGCUUGUUGAGGUUAGCCGUGUAGCUAGAGAAGUUAAACACCCCUUCAGAAACCUCGUAUUGAGAAGGAAUAGGCCACAGCUUGUAGUAGCAGUUGCAUUGCAGAUAUUCCAGCAAUUCACCGGAAUCAAUGCAAUUAUGUUUUAUGCACCUAUUCUCUUUGACAGUCUAGGAUUCGGAGGUAAUGCCUCAUUGUAUUCAGCUGCAAUCACAGGGGGUGUUAACCUGUUGUCCACCCUAGCUGCAAUCAAGGUUGUUGACAAAGCAGGUCGGAGAAUUCUAUUAUUAAAAGCCGGAGUUCAUAUGUUUUUUGCACAAGUGAUAAUUGGUACGGUACUAGGAAUCAAAUUCAAGGAUAACAGCAACAACCUAGGCAUUGCCUUUUCCAUACUUGUCGUGAUCAUGAUAUGUACAUUCGUGUCAACAUUUGCAUGGUCUUGGGGGCCAUUAGGUUGGCUGAUUCCCAGCGAGACAUUCCCACUUGGAAUGCGAUCAGCAGGACUGAGUGUGACUGUUUCUGUCAACAUGCUCUUCACAUUCAUUAUAGGACAGUCAUUCUUGUCCAUGCUAUGCACCUUGAAGUUCGGCAUAUUCUUGUUCUUCUCUGUUUGGGUGGUAGUGAUGUCUGUUUUCACGUACUAUUUGAUUCCGGAAACAAAAAAUGUGGCAAUUGAGAAGAUGACAGAAAGAGUUUGGAAGCAACAUAAGGUCUGGAGGAAAUACAUUGUUCAAGAGGAUGGGAGUGAGAUGCAAGAUAUGUGGGAUGAAAGUGGAGUCACUCAAGUAUAG